AUGCAGAGAAUCGUUUACAAUGGGCACAAGAGAGUACAUGCUAUCAAGUUUCGGUCGGUUGCUAUACCUAAUGGGCUCAUUGCCAAUAUGUUUGGCCCUGUGGGUAAGUGCAAUUGAACAAUAUUACUUUAACACCAUCAGCAAAAAUAUGGCUAGCAUUGAUUUGAAUAACCUGAUGCAGUUUUUUUUUAAAGGUCAUGGCUAAAAUUUAAUGAAAAGUCAUUUGCUUAUAUAAGGCAGUAUAUAAAAAGAACUGCUUGAUCUUACAAGUUUGGAGCAAAUAUAAGAACAAAACAUCACUACUAUCACUUCUGUUGCUGUAUAUUAAAAUUAGGAAGUUGAUCAAUAUAGUAAGUAGCUUAAGUUUAUUAAGUUUUAUUACUUUGCUUUUUUCCUCUACUUUAGAGGGUAAGAGGCAUGAUGCAGCAAUGUUGCAUGAUUCUGGGCCACUUCAUGACCUGGAAGCCUAUGCCUACUCAGUAACAGGGCUAACAAUGUGUUUAUAUGGCGACCCUGCUUACCCCCUCAGAGUCCAUCUUCAGGGGCCAUUCCGGAACCCCCACCUUACUCCCUUGAUGGAAGCAUACAACAGUUCAAUGAGUUCAGUAAGGGUGUCUGUAGAGUGGUUAUUUGGAGAUAUCAUAGAAUAUUUCAAGUUCGUGGAUUUCAAAAGGAAUCUCAAGAUAGGAAUGAGCAGCAUUGGAAAGAUGUACAUUGUUUGUGCGUGUGCACUUCUGCAAAAUGCUUUGAGUUGCUUGUAUGGCAACCAUACUGCAACAUUUUUUGACUUUGAGCCUCCCACCCUGCAAGACUUUUUUGCAUAG